CGGCCGUCUCGUUUUCUGUUUAUUGUUUGGAGCACCCCGCGUCUGUUCCCUUCUAAAUAACCGAAUUUAAUCAAAUUAAAACGCGCCGCGUAAACAAUACGAUAGUUUUAAUUAAAAUGCCGUAGACGAUAAAUACUUUGUGGCGGAACUUUAAAGUCUGGAAGUUAUUCGCGUGUUGGAAAAGCCGAAAUUUAGUUUUGAUAGUUUCUAAUGGCUUCCCUUUGCGUCCCCCGCAUCUUCUAGACAAUGACAGUAGAAUUUUUCACGUGAUAUUUUCCAAAUAAAUAGUGCAUUAUGACUUAGAUAUCGCUUUUUAAAUUAAUUUUAUUAAAUUAAUUGUAAUCGUUUAAUGUUAUAAUGAGCUCGAACGAACAAAGCCACUUCAAUGGUGCUCCAUCACAGGCUGAAAAUAGUGAAGUCAGCACACAACGACCACCUCCUGCCACAUCUGUUCCGACCGAUCUUCGCGUAAACACGACGGCGUUAAAUGCGGUCGCUUUAAGCAGUGUCGCUAAAUACUGGGUGCUUACAAAUUUAUUACCCGGCCCGAUACCGCAGGUGUCCGUCUAUGGGCUGCCUACUUCCGGACGUGGUGAUAAUCAAAACAAAAUUACACAGGUUGGUACUCGUAGUUGGACGUGGCUGCCCAGAAAAAUUGCCGAGUGUAUCGUAACUAAUGCGAUAUAAAUAAGUAAUCUGUAUGCGAUGACCCUUGACGCCCAUUAAGAAAAGGUCUAUGGACUCUUUCGCUUUAAUGGGUGCACAAUGUAAUUCGCACUUAACCUGCAUUGCGCUUUUUUAAACGAUACCGUUUACAGUCGAGAUAUUUUAUAGGUUACAUAAUUAUACAGGGUGUUCUGAUAAAACUUCUUUUUUUUAACAAAUGCUAGUUAUAGAAAGGUAUCAAUUCUGCAAUUGUUGCCUUGCCGUUGACGUAAUAGU